ACAGCGCCCGGAGCUGCCGGAGAAACACACACAGCCAUCGGGGGGUCCCCCUUCCCCCUCCCCAUCCUCCCUCCAAGGCCCCUUUAAGAGCAGGCUGCUGCUCUGUUCUCCUCGGGCCUGUUAGCCCCCCUCCAAGUCCUGGCGGCCCCCGGGGCUCCAGCCUUGGUGGGUGGAGGUGGAGGGGGAGCUAGGGGCGGAGAGAGGCUUGCCCAAAGUCUGGGAGGGAGGAGAGAGAGGAAGGCGGCUGGGAUCGCGGGCAGAAGACGCUGGCUGGCUGGACUGCUGCUGCGGAGGAGUUGAGCCAGCCCAGCCCAGGGGGCUCCCGCUGUGCCAGGCGGGGUGUGUGUGUGGGGGGGGGGGGUAGUGCCAAAUCCGGGGAGCCCCGGGAGCUGGGGGGGGAGGGCCGGGGACAACCCGGCCCUGCCCCCUACCCCCUUCCCGAGUGGAGUGAAGGGCCAGCAACUUCGGAGAAAAGUUUUGGCAUCUGACUGCAUGGUUGGUGUCCCGAGGAUGGGCAGGAUCCCCUUGGCCUGGUGCUUGGUGCUUUGCUGCUGGGGGUACGUGGCCCCCAAGGAUGCGCAGGCUGAAACCCACAGCCCGUUUGUAGGGAGCCCGGGAAACAUCACCGGGGCCCGAGGCCUCACGGGGACACUGCGGUGUGAGCUCCAGGUUCAGGGGGAACCCCCCGAGGUGAGCUGGCUUCGGGAUGGACAGAUCCUAGAGCUGGCAGACAGCACCCAGACCCAGGUGCCCCUGGGCGAAGAUGGGCAGGAUGACUGGAGAGUGAUCAGUCAACUCAGAAUCUCAUCCCUGAAGCUUGCAGACGCAGGGCGGUACCAGUGUGCGGUGGACCUGAGCGGACGGACUUUCCUGUCCCAGCCUGGCUAUGUGGGCCUGGAAGGCCUGCCUUACUUCCUGGAGGAGCCCGAAGACAGGACCGUGACUGCCAACACCCCCUUCAACCUGAGCUGCCGGGCCCAGGGACCCCCAGAACCUGUGGGCCUACUCUGGCUCCAGGAUGCUGUCCCCCUAGGCCCAGGCACAGGCCACAGCUCCCAGCACAGCCUGCACGUGCCAGGCCUGAACAAGACCUCUUCUUUCUCCUGCGAAGCCCAUAAUGCCAAAGGGGUCACCACCUCCCGCACAGCCACCAUCAGAGUGCUCCCGCAGCGACCCCGCAACCUCCACCUGCUUUCCCACCAGCCCACCACACUGGGGGUAGCCUGGACCCCGGGCAUGAGUGGCAUCUACCCCCUCACCCACUGCAACCUUCAGGCCGUACUGUCUGAUGACGCGGUCGGAGUUAGGCUGGGGGAGCCGGACCCUCCGGAGGAGCCUCUCACCUUCCAAGUAUCCGUGCCUCCCCACCAGCUUCUGCUGGACCGGCUCCUUCCCCACACCCCCUAUCACAUCCGGGUGUCUUGCACCAGCAGUCAGGGCCCCUCGCCCUGGACCCACUGGCUUCCUGUGGAGACCCCAGAGGGUGUGCCCUUGGGCCCCCCUGAGAAUGUUAGUGCCAUGCGGAAUGGGAGCCAGGCCCUCGUGUGGUGGCAGGAGCCGAAGGUGCCAGUGCAGGGGACCCUGUUAGGGUACCGGCUGGCGUAUCGAGGCCAGGACACCCCUGAGGUGCUCAUGGACAUCGGUUUAAAACGGGAGGUCACCCUAGAACUGCGGGGGGACAGGCCCGUGGCCAACCUGACGGUAUCCGUGGCAGCCUACACUGCAGCCGGGGACGGGCCCUGGAGCCUCCCGGUGCCUCUGGAGCCCUGGCGCCCAGUGAGUGAACCCCCAACUCCUGCCUUCUCCUGGCCCUGGUGGUAUGUAUUACUGGGAGCAGCUGUGGCCGCUGCCUGCGUUCUGGUCCUGGCCCUGUUCCUGGUCCAUCAGCGCAAGAAGGAGACCCGCUAUGGGGAAGUGUUUGAGCCAACUGUGGAAAGAGGUGAACUGGUGGUCAGGUACCGCGUCCGCAAGUCCUACAGUCGCCGGACCACUGAAGCCACCUUGAACAGCCUGGGCAUCAGUGAGGAGUUGAAGGAGAAGCUUCGAGACGUGAUGGUGGACCGGCAUAAGGUGGCCCUGGGGAAGACCCUGGGAGAAGGAGAGUUCGGAGCGGUGAUGGAGGGCCAGCUCAACCAGGAUGACUCCAUCCUCAAGGUGGCUGUGAAAACAAUGAAAAUCGCCAUCUGCACGAGGUCAGAGCUGGAGGAUUUCCUGAGUGAAGCUGUCUGCAUGAAGGAAUUUGACCACCCUAACGUCAUGAGGCUCAUUGGCGUCUGUUUCCAGGGUUCGGAUCGAGAGGGCUUCCCAGAGCCUGUGGUCAUCUUGCCUUUCAUGAAACACGGAGACCUGCACAGUUUCCUCCUGUAUUCCCGGCUCGGGGACCAGCCAGUGUUCUUGCCCACCCAGAUGCUGGUGAAGUUCAUGGCCGACAUUGCUAGCGGCAUGGAGUACCUGAGCACCAAGAGGUUCAUCCAUCGGGACCUGGCUGCCAGGAACUGCAUGCUGAAUGAGAACAUGUCCGUGUGUGUGGCCGACUUCGGGCUCUCCAAGAAGAUCUAUAACGGAGACUAUUACCGCCAGGGGCGCAUAGCUAAGAUGCCAGUAAAGUGGAUUGCCAUUGAGAGCCUGGCCGAUAGAGUCUACACCAGCAAGAGUGAUGUGUGGUCCUUUGGAGUGACAAUGUGGGAGAUUGCCACACGAGGGCAAACCCCCUACCCAGGGGUGGAGAACAGUGAAAUUUACGACUACCUGCGCCAGGGCAAUCGCCUGAAGCAACCUGUGGACUGUCUGGACGGCCUAUAUGCCCUGAUGUCCCAGUGCUGGGAGCUGAACCCCAGGGACCGGCCAAGUUUCACAGAGCUGCGGGAGGCCCUGGAGACCACGCUGAAGGCCCUGCCCCCUGCCCAGGAGCCCGACGAAAUCCUCUACGUCAACAUGGAUGAGGGUGGAGGUCAUCUCGAGCCCCCUGGUGCCACUGGAGGAGCCGACCCCCCGGGCCAGCCUGACCCUAAGGAUUCUGGUAGCUGUCUCACCGCAGCCGAGGUCCACUCUGCUGGCCGCUACGUCCUUUGCCCUUCUACAGCCCCUGGGCCCAGUCUGUCUGCUGACAGGGGUUCCCCAGCACUCCCGGGGCAGGAGGACAGAGCCUGAGACAACCCUGCACCCAGGACGCUCUCUCAGGACCCAAGCUAGGCACUGCCACUGGGGGAAACGUCACCCUCUUCUUCCCUCCAGGCCUUCUCCCCAGCUGCAGCCCAAUCUUUCUACCCUUCCCAGCUCCAUCCCAAGUGCUCCACCCUAACAUUCCAUCCAUAAAUGGAAGGGCUGGGCUGCAAUCUGAGUCCUCCCCGACCUAACAUUCCAAGGUUCUAGAUUCUAAGGCUUAAAGGACUACAUUCUUAGGUUCUAGGUCCCAAAGAUGCUAUGAUUUGAAGGACCUGAGAUUCCAAAGUCUCUAAUCCUAAAUUAAAGUUCUAGACAUGGAGAUCUUAAGGAUCACUGUUCGAAGGCUC